AGAAAAAUUACCCUUGCAAUUUUUGGCUUGGACAAUGCUGGCAAAACAUUAACAGCUAAAGGACUGUUGGGACAGCCCGAGGGUUUGGUUGCUCCAACAAUAGGCUUUUCUAAUAUGUCCUUUACAUUUCAUGAUAACGAUAUCACGCUUUAUGAUCUUGGCGGUGGCAAAAAUAUCAGAGAAAUCUGGAAGAAUUACUUCACCGAUGUUCAUGGUCUGAUUUAUGUGGUUGAUGCCAGCGACUAUGCACGGUUAUCAGAAUCAAAGGCCGAACUGCUGAAGUUGGUCAACAACAAUUUUAUUAAGGGAAAACCUAUUUUGAUACUAGCAAACAAACAAGAUAUUUCUGGAGCUUUGGAUAAAAGUGAUCUAUGCAAUGAAUUGAAUUUGGAAAACAUAGCGAAUGAAUUUGAAACUCCUUGUAAAAUAGAAAGUUGCACAGCACAGAUUAAGAAAGCCAAAACUAUUGAUAAAUCAUUAUACAGUGGUUUUGAAUGGCUAGUUAAUGCCAUUUGCAGUAAUUGGACAGAUCUUCAACAUAGAGUUAAUUUCGAUACAAACGAAAAAAUUAACAUUGAAAAUUUUAAAAAAUCAGAACGGCUGGAAAGAUUGAAGAAUGGAAAAAAAACAAAGUUUGUAAAAUUACUUUUUAUUAUUUUACAGGCGUUAUUUCGUCAGCAAAUUAGUUUAGCUGUAACGAAUGUUAAAGAUGGCAUUCAUACGCGUGGCGUGUAUGGUUGGAUAGUUCAACAUUUUGCUAUAUUUUUCUCAAAUACUUUUUCCUCUCCGCAAUCAACGUAG